AUCUCUCUGCUUUCUCUUACUGAGUGUCAAACAAAACUCAUUAAACAAAGUACUCCUUUAUUCUCGGGUAGAUGGACCUAAGAGAGCGAACAAACAGCAGCAAUGCACUUGCUGUAGAGAACAGAAAAAAACAACAUUCCAAGAAAUUUUGUUAAUACAUGCCAAUGCAGUUUUAUAUGCAAAGGGAUAGUUCCAUCCACUCUUCCAGGACAUCUACAGUGGAGAAACCAUCUCGGACCUCACAUCCAGCCGCUACAGCCUUGGCUACGAAGCUACCAGCCAGUUGCAUUCAUUUACACGAGCGGAACCGGCAAACAAAAGGUGACAGCAGAUAACCAUCAUGGCAUCAGCAAGUCUGCAGUUCUUUGCUUUCAUUCUGGCUUUGUUUGGUGUUUUUGGAGACAUCACAGCCACCCUGCUACCAAACUGGAAGGUUAAUGCAGACGUUGGUUCAAACAUAAUAACGGCUAUAACCCAGAUGCAAGGACUUUGGAUGGACUGCACGUGGUACAGCACGGGGAUGUUUAGCUGCACCCUGAAGUACUCCGUUCUCUCUCUCCCCAUCUACAUCCAGGCUGCGCGGACCACCAUGGUACUGUCUUGUAUCCUGUCAGCCUUUGGGAUCUGCAUCACUACAGUUGGAAUGAAAUGCACUAAGUUGGGAGGGGACACUGACAGCAAGAGUCACGCUUGUUUUGCUGGAGGAGUCUGCUUCAUUCUUGCAGGCAUCUUUGGAUUAGUACCAACAUCCUGGUACACACGAGAAAUUAUUUCAAAUUUCCUGGACCAGGCCAUUCCAGAAAGCAGCAAACACGAACCAGGAGGAGCAGUUUACACUGGAUUCAUUUCAGCAGGGUUUCUGCUUAUCGCAGGUGUGAUCUUCUGUACUUCCUGCUUUAAAAAGCAGCAAGGAGCAUGGAUUUACCCUUCGAAGCAGCACCAUUUUCCAUCCACAGAGCAGGAGAGCAACGCAGGUUACAACCUGCAGGACUAUGUGUAAAUACAGCCAGUUGUAUCCACUGAGGCUAUUUUUUUUGGUGUGCUGAGUGCAGUUUGAUUAUUCCAAAGAAUGUACCAUACAGCAGUUGUGUUGCAUAUGUUUAAGAAAGGUGUUUUAUUUCUAGAUGCAUCCACGAAAAGAAUAAGUAGGAACCAAUGCCUAAGUCUGCUACAAGAGUAUGUGCUUGUGUUCUUUUUGACUUUUCAAGUAUAUUUCUUAAAGAAAAAGGAAUUAUUUUAAAGCAUAAUUGACAGUAUAAUUAAUGCCCUGAUGGCUUAUUGCAGCAAAGAUGCUUUAGGAUCUAACUGCUUUCUGCUUAGCAAAACAGGUUAUUGAUAACAUACUAUGUUAUAUAGCAUAGUUUACAUUUUUAAUUAUGAUUCAAGGAAAUAAGAAAAUGCAACCACUCUUUGUCCAAAAAGCCCAAUUCUGUGUUUUUUAAAUAGCAGACACAUCUGCACACACCUUAACUGCAUUGUAUAUUCUGCAUCUGAGGCUGAAGAAUCAGCAGUAUCAUUCAGAUCUUGCCAAAAAUGUCUCUCCCAUCCUCAACUGCCACCUGCUGUGGGUUUCAUUUCCUAUCCUUACAGAAAUACCUAUUUGACAUUGUCUACACAACAGUCACUGAUUGCUACUAAAGUAUCACUAUCCAAUGACUGUUAGGGUUGAGGAGCAAUAUGACAACAGAAAUGUUACCAUGAUGACAAAAACACCUCCGAACUGUAACACAGUAUACAAACUCUUAAUCUAUGGCCACGGAAAGCUUGGAAGCAUUCUCGCUUAUACUUGCUCAAAGCAGAUUUUAAAUGGUAUCUAUAUUAUUUGAACUGUUAUUUCCUUUUACAGUUCUGGCUUUUAAUUAUACCUAGAGGGUCUGUUUCACACUCAUUCCCAUGUAUUCUAUUAAUAUAAAAUGUAAUAUACAAUGGUGAUAAAGAGACAGUUUCUUUCAUUUGAAUUUCUUAACUCUCUUAUUUUGGUUUUAGAUCCUUUAACCUUUUAUUUCAAUGUGCAGAUUUUAUUUCAUAUUGGUCACUGGUGGAGUAAAUGCUUCCCUAAAUAAGAAUCCAACUGAUGUUAAUUUGGCAGCAUAGGUAAGGGAAUGACAAGGGGCAUGAUACAGGCCUUUAAAUUUACUAAUAUGAUAGCAUUGGAUGAAUCUUUCAACAAAACCAAUUGCUUGUGGGUUUUGUUUUUUUUUUAUCUAUAUACAAUUUCAAUUUUCCAUGUAAUUAGCCUGAAAUUCAUGAAAACUGUAUGACAGAGCCUUUAUGUUAUACAUAUGCUUUUUGGGAAGAAAGCAACAUCUUCUCUUAGAGCAUUUGAGAAAGUGGAAUGUUUUAUGAACCCAAUAAGCAAAGAGUUUGUGAGAGAACAGAAAUAUGUGGGGGUCGGUCUCUUCUGCCAGACAACCAGCAACACAACAAGGGGACACAGUCUCAAGUUGUGCCAGGGGAGGUAUAGGCUGGAUGUUAGGAGGGAAUUAUUCCCAGAGAGAGUGACUGGCAUUGGAAUGGGCUGCCCAGGGAGGUGGUGGAGUCGCUGGCCCUGGAGGUGCUCAAGGAAACACUGGAUAAGGCACAUAGUGCCAUGGUCUAGUUGACUGGCUAGGGCUGGGUGCUAGGUUGGACUGGCUGAUCUUGGAGGUCUCUUUCAACCUGGCUGAUUCUGUGAUUCUAUGUCUUGCUUGUAUUACUACUGUUACACAGACAAUUUGAGUUUCAUAGGUACCCAUCAAGGAGCUUGUUUUGUACUGUUCCUAAUGUAUCAGCAGUUAUUUGGUACUGCAGAGACUGAACCACAACCAAGAAACCAAAUCUUCUUUGGUUAGACACAGUGCUGUGCAGCACCACUCCAUAAACCAGAGUCUUUAUUGUAAGAAUAGCAAUUCAUUGAUAAAUGAGGUAAACAACUCACUCUCCCAAACAAGCAUUUUCACUUCUAGUAAGGUGUCUGCCAUGACACUAAGCUGUGAUCUUUGUACAAAUGUGAAUUAAAACUAAUGAUUGUAAAGUAAGAACAAAAGGUCUUUCUACAGCAGGCUAUAAGAAGGUAAUAAUUGUAUACUAUGAAAAAAAAUAAGUAUCCACUGGUUACAUAAGCAGCAAUGUUUUCUUCCUAAAACUUUAUACAGAGAUACCUGUACUUCUUUGUAUAGCUAUUAAAAUCCAAGCACUGAGCCACUCCAUCCAGAAUACAGUAAAAGAGUUUUCCAAGAACACAAAGAUUCUAUUGGAAACAUUAAUAGCUAAAACCAUGUCAACUCUACAGCUAGAAUAGGGACAAAACAGAAGAUCAGUUUACAGCAGGAGUCUGAAAGAACCAAGAUACAGUGAAAACAGGUGCCAGGUCUCUUUCAAAAGUUUUGUACAUUCUGCUUUUGCAGUACAAGCAAUAUUUGGUUUAUCUCAAAAAACCCCAAGUUAAAUAAAAAUAUGCUUGCCUUUAA